AGUUUCGAGGCGUUAGUUCCACGACUCUCUCAACGAGGUAGAGGUCUCGUGAAGUUAGUUCGAUCUUGUACCAUCUGUUUAUAUUACAUCACCAUUUGUACUGAAGGGUGGAUUUGCGCCCUUGUUAGUGAUCACGUUCGAUGUGUGAAAAUGUCCUCUUGUGAUUGAAUGAUUUAGUCACAAUCAUUGUAACAAUAGGCCAUCUGCUAGCAGUUUGUGUGUGUGUGUGUGAAGAAAGAGUUGUGUGGGUUGCCCCGUUUGGUUUGCCCAUGUUUGGUCACGGACGGCAUCGCCUCUCUCUUGGAAAUUAUUGUUUGGUGCUCUGAGCUACAGGUGCUCUAACUGCCUCGUGAGAAAUUCAAGAUGAUUUCCGACGGACAUCUCGUCGGGGACGGGAGCUGGGAGCUGAAGGUAUUGGUGACUGACUUGGCCGUCGAACGGUGUCUCCGGGUCAAAGGUGACCUACACAUUGGCGGUGUUAUGCUCCGUCUUGUCGAGGAAUUAGAUAUUGCUGCUGAUUGGUCGGAUCAUGCGUUAUGGUGGCCAACGCGAAACUGCUGGCUAUCGAGGACCCGUUCGACGCUGGAUCAGUAUGGCGUCCAAGCGGAUGCCUUAUUGCAUUUUACGCCCAUGCACAAAACGCUCCGUGUUCAGCUGCCAGAUCUACGCUAUUUGGAUUGUCGGGUCGAUUUCAGCGUCAAAACGUUCAACGCGGUUGUCACGCUGUGCAAGGAACUCGGCAUCAGACAUCCGGAAGAAUUGUCCUUUGCCAAACCCCUUGAAUCGGAUGAUCUUCGCUACAAUUAUCGCGAACGUGAAUCGAUCACGUCGCACAAGAAACGCUCUGCAGCCAACACUUCGGCGGACACCAACACGUUCAUCGGCCAUCACGGCAAUUCGACUCACAGUUCCAACAAUAGUCUGGACAACAUCAAGGCAACAUCCGGAUGCACGCCCGUACUACCCAACACGACCAUCAAUCGAUCCCCGGCUCCUGUGCCCACGCCCAUUAGCUCACCUGUUAAUUCGGGCACGUGGCGGAAGAAUUCACCGUAUUCAACUCCGGCUAGCAACGGCCAUAAUGUGACACCAUCUAUCUUUGAUCUGACUGCCAACAACAGCCUCAACACGACGGGCAACACCAGUUUCUCCAAUAUGGAUAUGUCCCUGGCGCUCAGUCCGGCCACGCCCAGUCAGGAAGCGCGGUCCAGGCUUCUUCGGCCCAAAAACUUGAUAGAACGUGCCCGCCUUAACGUGGCUUGGCUGGAUUCUUCGUUGUCGAUUAUGGAACAAGGCGUGCGAGAAUAUAGCACGCUUCUGUUGCGCUACAAAUUUUACUCGUUUUACGACCUGAAUCCGAAAUACGACGCCGUGCGCAUCAACCAGAUUUACGAACAGGCUAAAUGGCAGUUACUCAACGAAGAGAUCGAUUGCACUGAAGAAGAGAUGCUCAUGUUUGGCGCUCUUCAGCUUCAAGUUAAUUUGCAAAGUGCCCGCCCACAGCCUUUGAGCGAAACUCGUGACGGUGACGACGACAUCGACGCUGCCCUCAGCGACCUCCAGGACACGCUGGAAGGGACGCACGUUCACAGCAAUACCAGUGACAUCACUUCCAUACCAGAGUUAUCAGAUUACCUUCGUUACAUGAAGCCCAAACGUUUCACCCUGAAAGGAUUCAAACGUUACUGGUUCGUCUGUAAAGAUUUACAGCUGUUUGCGUUCAAGAACAAAGGCGAUUCAGGUUCUGGGCCAACGCAUCAGAUCCCAUUACGAGGUUGCGAAGUCACGCCGGAUGUCAAUCUAUCACAAGACAAAUUUGGCAUCCGGUUGGAAGUACCCGGGCCGGAUGGCAUGUCCGAAAUGUGGAUCCGGUGCGAUUCCGAAGCGCAAUACGCGAAAUGGAUGGCGGCCUGCCGUCUAGCGGCUAAAGGUAAAACAAUGGCCGACGCAUCGUACGAUGCUGAAGUGAGCUCGAUUCUGGCCUUCCUGGCGAUGCAAAAACCCGCCCCGGCGCCGGCCAUUAAUCCGUCAUCUCUUGACAUCCAGCCAGAUGACUAUGUCGCACCUCGUUUCAUCCGCAAACUCAAAAACAAGUCGUGCGCUGGGUGCACUGGAACGCAGGCUGAUAAAUCGGUUUCGACACGGAUCCUGGAAGCUCACACCAACGUCAAAGACUUGUCUUUAACCGAAGCUAAACUGAAUUACAUUAAAGCUUGGCAAUCUUUACCCGAGUACGGUGUCUCGCUGUUUGUCGUGAAAUUUAUGAACCAGCGUAAAGAGGAGCUUCUGGGCGUGGCUUUUAAUCGAUUGAUGAGGAUGGAAAUGACGACGGGCGAUCACAUCAAAACAUGGCGUUACAACACAAUGAAGGCGUGGAAUGUCAACUGGGAAGUGAAGCACAUGAUGGUGCAGUUUGAAGAGGAGAAUGUCAUUUUUAGCUGUUUGUCAGCCGAUUGCAAAGUGGUGCACGAAUUCAUCGGUGGUUACAUUUUCCUGUCGAUGCGUUCCAAAGAAGCCAAUCAAACUCUCAAUGAAGAGCUCUUCCACAAACUGACUGGCGGCUGGUCUUAAGAGACUUUGAAUUUUCUCGCCGCCAUCCCAUUUUAAUCACGCUUCCGCAUUCUCUUUUAUUGUUUUAAAAGUUCUCUUCCUUCUUUUUAAUUUUUUUCUUUUUUUUAAACUGGCAUACGGAAGACAAUCCAAUUAAUAAUUCUGCUCUCACCAUGUUCUUCUUUGGGGAUUCAUGAUUCUCUUUUUUUUUUUAUAUUUGGAAAAGAAAAAUUUCUUCCGCGCUAUGAUUAGCCUCUUGUUGGGAAUGAACCGAUAUUUGGUCAAUUAACAAUGUCACCCCAUGGUGCGAUGUGCCUUUUUAUUCUCUUGUAACUUUGAAUUCCCGAUCGUUCUAGGCCAUGGAGUGUAGAAUCUAAGAAACGUCUUCACGAUCAAUCACGCACGGCUUUUUAUAUAACUUGAAAUGUGUUACACGUGUAAUUUGGACAAACAAAGACAAGGUGCCUUUUUGCGACAAUUGUUUGGUGACUGGAGAAGCAACAAGUCAAGACCUUCUACAAAGAUUAACGAUUAUUAUACAUAUUAGUUUUUACCUAAUUGACCACAUGCUAUCCACCUCUUUUUAGCACCUUGAUUGUAGCGUCCGUGCUUUUUGUCUAGUUCAUAAUAAUUCGAGGAAAAAGAAAAACAUCGUGUGUCCCGCGUGUGUGCUAUUAUCCUUCUGUUUCAGAAAUACAAUUUCGCUAAUCCAUUA